CGUGAGGCCGGGCCCGCCGCCCGCCCUGCCUGGAGCGCGGCCGGUGUCCCAUCGCCCAGGCCGGGCCCUGUGCCCGCUGCGGCCCGUGACAGCCCGGGACUGGAGCCUUCAGUGCCGCCCUUCGGCAGCGUGCGAAACCAGGCCUCUCCUCGGCGCACGUACAGCGCCCCUGAGGGCGUGCUCGCACCCAGCGCCCAGCGCUCACGGGGAAAGGAGCUGUGGGAGAACCCCGCUCUUCCUCCUGUGUUUAAGUGCUGCCCUGCCGAGACGGGACAGAGGCUUCGCUAACAUGGCUGCUUUCAUAGAACUGUUCAAUCACUGAGUCUUAAAAAGCUGGGUUCUGUUUGGAGAGGAAAAACUUUGCACAGCACCACCGUUCUAUCCAGCAGUACAGUAAUGUAAAAUUCAGGUGGUUGGGUAUGGCACUAAAGCACCAGGAGUCACACAGAGCAGUAACUGUCUUUCUGUAGAUGAUGUCACUUGACAUGGAAUAAGGACUUAAAUUAUUUUAGUUAUUGAUGGUUCCUAGUACAGGAAGGAGUUUGACAUCUUUGACCCAAAAAGUCACUUGGAAAUUGCCGAAGCAAGCCAUUUAGUAGUGGAAUCAGAAAGUCGGCAGACUUACCAUUACUAAGCUGGAUUAGCUCUCGGAUUUUUUCUGCUGUUCUCUACAUCUGCAGAAUUGCCUAUGGAAGCAACUUUUAUUAGCAACAGCACUCCCAAAACAAGUAGUUGUAAUCAGCAUUUUAACAAAUAGUUAUAGCCAUUUCUUCAUAUUUUAAAAUUAUAAUUACACAGCAGAAAUUUUAAAAAAUAAAAGGUCUUCAUUUGAUAUGCUGUGUAAGUGGGCUUAAUUUUAAUUAGCUCGGAAAGCUAGUACUUUCUUAAGUAGUUUGAUUCUACAUAAAAGAUUGAAGCAAAUCCUAAAUCACCUACUCAAGCUUUACUGAUCUCUUAGUGGUUUUUAAAUAAUUGUAAUUUAUCAGUAAUAGCCUGAAACAGUAGCUUCAUGCCAAAACAGCAUGUAAAAUAUGCAUUUCUAGCAAACUUUAAUUUUAAAUAGCUGUACUGUUUUAAUCAUUUAGUUGAUUAAAUUUGUAAUUUUCUGGGAGAUGAAAUGACCUCCUAACCAUGCUGUGAGGAUUUCUUACAUUUAUUUCAGAUGAGUUAAAAUCAAAUGAAGUCACAUUUGACUGUUUAAUUAGCAAUAAUAAAUGAAGACAAAUAGGUCAAUAAUUUAACUUAAUUCUAACUUCACUAUAAUGUGUUUCCAUGAAUCAGAAACUAGGUGUUGCUGUAAAUUUAUUUUUCUAUGCAAGUUUGACACAAAUAAGUGUUAAAUAUUUCUAAAAUAAAUUCCAUUUUUUAGAUUUUGUUUGUCUAUUUUUAUAGGCUUUAAGUAGUCAAGUAGUGUUUGAAUCAGUUAAACUAGGAAAUACUCACAUGAAUUUUAGGUGUUUUUAAAAUUGCAAAGAAAAAGUAAAAUCUUUUUUUUUUGCAUUUGCUAGUAUUUAUUAUUGUGCUCAUUGCAUAAACCACAUAAUUUUAAGUCAAACUUACACAGCAGUCAAAAUGUCAAAAAGACCUCAAAUUCAUAUUUUUGUGGGAGCACCCAGUAUUCCGAGUGCACUGCAGGGGUUAGAGCAAAGCAGUUCAGCCCCUGCUGGUGAGAAAUGGAGAGAGCUGCACUGUUGGUGUGAUACCCGUGGGUUUGUUUCUGCAGAGGUCCAGGGUGCUGCUGCCCCCUCAGUACCCCAGGCACAAAGCUCCACACUCACACGAGUCCCUGCAAGUGGGGACAGUGCUCAGCAGGGCAGCUUCAAAGAAAAAGAAGGAAAGUCUCCUGCCCCUGUGACACUAACUUGUACCAGCAAAAAGAGCACAAGUUUAACUUGCCCUGAUUGUCAAGUGUCCAAAGAUAGAUUAACACCUGCACAGGUAAAUCAGGCUGCAGAUCAACACCUGCCUCAGAGCUGUGCAGAAUCAGCUGGACAAGAGAAACCAUUAUGUGCCUGCUGCCCAGAGCUCACUGAGAGAAAAGCCAGUCCUUUGGAAGUCAACAGCUCUGACAUUUCUGCUUUGGUUGCCAGUACUGAGCGGGUCAGCAUCCAUGUGCAGUCUGUGGGACUUCAGGCAGGUCUCACAAGUGAGCACCAUGAACAUCCGAGUCAGUAUUUGGAUGUGUUUUUCCAAAAAAGUCAGGAGUCCAAACCAAAAGAACCAAAUGACUGUGCAGACUUUGCAGUGUCAGCAGACACUGAAUUUCGUACUGUAGUGACUUCAAGUCAGGUGGCUGUUUUUGCACAGAAUGAGAUGCAAGAAAUAACUGUAAAACUACCAGAAAGAGAAGGAGGCAAAAAAGCUGAAGAACAACAGUAUUAUCACUUACAAUGUGAUUCUGGUGUUGGAACAUGUACUACUAAUGUGACUGAAAGUGAAUAUCAGGAAGAGAAUGCAAGUUCUCUUGAACUUUUCAGUUCUGAGGAUGAUGGAGAAAAUGUUUGGAUUAAUGCUACCAAACAGGAAGAAAGUGCUCAGGAAAAUGCAGAAAAUUUUCAAGAACUUGAUGUUCCUGCUGAGCAAUUUGUAAAUGAAAUCCAUAUUGAGCCAUUGAGCUCUGGAGUACUGUGCUCUCAAGGGAACUGUUCUCACAAGAACUCUUCUAAAAGACCCCGCAAGUAUGAAGAUUCCUUUCAUCUUUUUCACUCAGCAUUUAAAAGACAGCUGAAAUCCAAGAGAGCUAAACUGAAUUCUUCUCCUCCUGGUUCUGGGGUGAGAGUGGAUCCAGACAGGAUGACAGAGUUCAAGAAACUCCAAAAGAAACUAUCACUACUUAAGAAUUGCUGCAGCAAAGAUCAAAAGUACAAUAUUUUGGUCACAGCUGUACAUCCUUGUCAUAUCAAAGAAAUACAGUCGAAGACUAAACCAAAAUCUUUGGGUAAAAUUCCUGUAGCAACAAUUGUUGUUAUUGACCAGUCAGAAAUUGAGAGAAAGGUGGUGCUGUGGCGUGGUGCUGCAUUUUGGUCCCUCACUGUGUUUCCUGGGGAUAUUGUGCUGCUUACAGAUAUAACAAUGUAUGAGAAUCCUUGGUGUGGAGAGGUCAUGCUUCAGUCUACAUUUACCAGUCAGUUACUGAAUCUGGGGAACUGCUCAGCUCUCAAUCCACAAGAAUUUUAUCCUCUAGUGGAUGGUGAUGUUCUCAAUGGCUUAUUGGCAUACAUAUCAUCAGAAUUUCCACACUUCAGAGACAUUCCACAAAGACAAGUUCAGAGACUGGAUGAUGUUCAAUAUGUGCAGCUAGAUCAGCUCCAGCCAAAUACUUUGGUGCACUCAGUUCUGAAAAUUAUCAAUAUUUCUGUGUUAACAGAAUCUGUGUACAGCUACAAAGGUGGCAGCCAAAGAAAAAUUAUUCUAACAGUAGAACAGAACAGAGAUCAACACUAUAGGAUGGUUCUGUGGGGAGCAGGGGCUGCCUGGUGCCCCCAGCUUCAGAGGAAAAAAGAUCACAUAUGGGACUUCAAAUACCUUUUGGUACGACAUAGUUCUGUCUCAGGUGACUUGGAACUGCACACAACUCCAUGGUCAUCCUAUGAGUGCUUGUUUGAUGAUGACAAAAGGGCAGUUGAAUUUAAAGAAAAGUUUCAGAAAAGUCAAACAUCCCUCAUGGAGCUGACGAGGCUCUCGGCACACCUGGAAGAGAAAUGCUCAGGAGUGAUUCAGGUGAAAGCCCAUAUCUUGGAAUUGAAGUUUACCAUUUCCACUGGCCAGUACAAGCAACUUAUCUUCUCUGCUGACACUUCACUGGAAUGUGUUUUGGCCUCUCUGCCUAUGAUUACAUAUGCAGGUUGUGCCAAAUGUGGUUUGGAACUACAAGCAGAUGAGAACAUGAUCUACAAGCAAUGCAUUAGAUGUUUGCCUUACUGCAAAGUAAAAACAUUUUACAGACCUGCUUUGAUGACAGUAGAAGAUGAAGGAAAUGAAAUUUAUGUUCAUGUAGCGUCUGAGUUGAUGGAAAAAAUCUUCCUCAAUAUUCCUGCAGACUGGCUGAAGAGAUUAGUAGUGCCCUCUUCAGAUAUAACCUACAGCACAAUAGUAGCAGAUCUGUGUCAUUCGCUGCUGGCAGAUACAGAAGCUUCCUAUUUGCUGGAAAUCAGAAGCCACUUUGUACUAGAUGAGAACAGCUAUCCUUUGCAAAAGGAUUUCCAUCUGCUAAAUUUUCAUCCUGAUCUUUGACCUCUGCACUAACUGAGUAGCAAAGACCAAAGGACACACAGAUGGGAAGCAGAAGAGAAAUGACUUUGCUGAAGGAAGCAAAUCUCUUAAAAAAUUAUAAUAAAGAAUUUUGGUUUUAACUUAUGAAAAAAGCAAAACCAUCAAAAGGACUGGUACAGAAUAUCUACUAAUAAUAUAUAUUGCUGGAAUAAUACUGAUGAAUUUUCAUAAAGUAUAUUUUUAUACAUGUAUUUUUAUGUUAAUAAUUGUUAAUAAACUUCAACAACUUUUGU